AUGAUUCAUGUUUGCGUAUCAUUAUCACUGGAAAACGUUCAAUAUACUACUACUACUACUACUACUACUACUACUACUACUACUACUACUACUACUACUACUACUACUACUACUACUACUACUACUACUACUACUACUACUACUACUACUACUACUACUACUACUACUACUACUACUACUACUACUACUACUACUACUACUACUACUACUACUACUACUACUACUACUACUACUACUACUACUACUACUACUACUACUACUACUACUACUACUACUACUACUACUACUACUACUACUACUACUACUACUACUACUACUACUACUACUACUACUACUACUACUACUACUACUACUACUACUACUACUACUACUACUACUACUACUACUACUACUACUACUACUACUACUACUACUACUACUACUACUACUACUACUACUACUACUACUACUACUACUACUACUACUACUACUACUACUACUACUACUACUACUACUACUACUACUACUACUACUACUACUACUACUACUACUACUACUACUACUACUACUACUACUACUACUACUACUACUACUACUACUACUACUACUACUACUACUACUACUACUACUACUACUACUACUACUACUACUACUACUACUACUACUACUACUACUACUACUACUACUACUACUACUACUACUACUACUACUACUACUACUACUACUACUACUACUACUACUACUACUACUACUACUACUACUACUACUACUACUACUACUACUACUACUACUACUACUACUACUACUACUACUACUACUACUACUACUACUACUACUACUACUACUACUACUACUACUACUACUACUACUACUACUACUACUACUACUACUACUACUACUACUACUACUACUACUACUACUACUACUACUACUACUACUACUACUACUACUACUACUACUACUACUACUACUACUACUACUACUACUACUACUACUACUACUACUACUACUACUACUACUACUACUACUACUACUACUACUACUACUACUACUACUACUACUACUACUACUACUACUACUACUACUACUACUACUACUACUACUACUACUACUACUACUACUACUACUACUACUACUACUACUACUACUACUACUACUACUACUACUACUACUACUACUACUACUACUACUACUACUACUACUACUACUACUACUACUACUACUACUACUACUACUACUACUACUACUACUACUACUACUACUACUACUACUACUACUACUACUACUACUACUACUACUACUACUACUACUACUACUACUACUACUACUACUACUACUACUACUACUACUACUACUACUACUACUACUACUACUACUACUACUACUACUACUACUACUACUACUACUACUACUAGUUCUCUUAAUUCGACCUCAAUUGACUUACAUAUUUCAUACUUCGUAUUGUACCAAGACAGUGUUUGA